AUGGCAUCGAAACGCCUCUUGAAGGAGCUCAAAGAUUUGCAGAAGGAUCCUCCUAUACCAUACAGUGCAGGUCCUGUGGGAGAUGAUAUGUUUCAUUGGCAAGCAUCAAUCAAAGGACCUGUUGAUAGCCCGUAUGAAGGUGGUGUGUUCCAAAUUGAAAUGAAUUUUACUGCUGAGUAUCCAUUCAAGCCACCGAAGGUAACAUUUAUGACUAGAAUAUACCACCCAAACAUCAACUCUAGCGGAAAUAUAUGUCUUGACAUUCUGAAAGUGGAAUGGAUUCCAACACUCACUAUAUCCAAGGUCCUUUCAUCAAUUUGCUCAUUGUUGACAAAUCCCAACCCUGAUGACCCACUUUUGCCUGAAAUUGCACUUAUUUACAAAACAGAUAAGGAAAAGUUUGAGGUUAUGGCUCGCAAAUGGACCCAGAAGUAUGCUAUGGGAUGA